GACUUUAUGGAAGGUGUUUCCCGCCUCCUUCCUUCCUUCCUUCGCUGCCGCCUCGGAGUCGGACUGAGGGACUGGAAAAUGGCGCUGGAGGCUCGCGGGAUGGAGCAGGACGUGGAGGAAGGAGAGGUCUCCGGCUCCGACUGCGAAAUGCCCGCCUUAGCCGCCUCCAGGAGCCCCCAGCAGAAACAACAUGACAGCAACAAUUCAGCCAGAUCUUUCCCAAGCAGCAUUUUACCCUGUGCACCAAGCGUCCCCUAUCGGACAACCCAAAGUGUGGACUCGAGUGAUGAGAGCUUCUCUGACUCUGAUGAAGACAGUUGUCUCUGGAAACGAAAGCGACAGAAGUGUUCUAACCUUCCUCCUCUUAAACCAGAUCCUUUGCUAUUUAGCUCAAACCCCCAGAAACAGGGUAAUCUAGGUGGUAGAAAGAUUAACAACAUCUGGGGUGAAGUGCUUCAAGAGCAGAAUCAAGAUGCAGUGGCCUCAGAACUUGGGAUUCUCGGGAUGGAGGGAACCAUUGACAGAAGCCGGGCAUCAGAGACUUACAAUUAUCUCUUGGCAAAAAAGCUCAUGAAAGAAUCUGAGCCAGAAAUGGCCAAGACAUUAGACAAAGAAUUGGAUGAAUAUAUGCAGGAUGACAAAAAGACACUCUCAAAAGAGGAUGGGGAAGAGGAAGAAGAGGCAAAUGGGCAAGGUCUUUUGAAACGAAAAAGACCAGUUAAGGAAAGACUGGGCACAAGACAAGAAAUGAAUUAUAAAGGGAGAUAUGAAAUUACUGAAGAUGAUCCUGAGGAAAAAGUAGCAGAUGAAAUUGCCUUCCGGCUUUGUGAACCUAAGAAGGAUUUGAUUGUACGGGUAGUGAAAAUCAUUGGGAAAAAGAAGUCUAUAGAACUGCUGAUGGAAACUGCUGAAGUGGAACAAAACGGAGGACUUUUCAUAGUGAAUGGUACAAGAAGAAGAACACCAGGAGGAGUUUAUUUAAAUUUGCUGAAAAACACACCCAGCAUAACAGGAGAACAAAUCAAGGAAAUCUUCUAUAUUGAAAACCAAAAGGAGUGUGAGAACAAAAAAGCUGCAAAGAAGAGGCGAAUUCAAGUCCUGGGGAAAAAGAUGAAGAAAGCUAUUAAAGGACUCAACCUUCAAGAAUAUGAUGAUGCCUCUCGAGAGACUUUUGCUAGCGAUACAAAUGAAGCUCUGGCUUCUCUGGAUGACUUGCAGGAAGGACACAGUGAAAUGAAAUUGGAUCCAGAGGAUGCUAUUGAGAUAGACAACACUCAUGAUUUAGAUAUCUUUUAAUGUACUGAGUACUUGGAAGACCUUAAUUUUGUGACACAUUAAAUUGCAGUUUUUCUAUUUUGGCUAUUCUUUUUUCUUCUUCUCAUUAUUGGAAUAAUACACAUUAUGUCAAUCAAUUAUUUGCUGAAGAGGGCAUUAUAUUUCUCACAGUGCUAAUACUUUAGUUUUCAUGGCUUUUAGAGCUCCCUCCUUUGUUGUAUAAUUUCUGUUCUCUCUCAGCAUCCUCUUAGCCCUUGUUCGCUCACUUCAGGGUUAAAACUGAGUGCUUUCUAGUACUCCUGUGUAAGGCCUACUGUAAUUGUAUGUAGACAUUUUUCAUUUAACCAAAGGUAAUACUCAACACAGUGACAUAUAUUCAAAAUGUACUCUGGCAAGGAAAUGUUUAGUAGGACCAUGGCCUUGGUUAAUGGUAAGUUUGGGGACAUAGUUUGAUAUAUUUGGGAACAUUGGUCCAUGGUGAGAACUGGUAUUCCAUGUGCUUAUAAAUUAAAUUGUAUCUUUUGAUUGAGCUUUAAGAUGGAAAGGAAUAUAGGGUAGUUUGUGUUGUUGUUGUUGUUGUU